ACGUUCCAUUGAAGACUCUUCUUCAUCCAUAUAAUCAUUACUAAAUGACAAAUUCAUGAAAAAGAGUUGCCCAUACAUCACACUUUCAAUAGUUUUCUGCUCAUGUUACCCUCGAAACAGCUGACUUUUUCACCGCUACUUCUUUCUUUGUCCUCUCCCUCUCCCCUUUGGUCAUGUUGAAAACUUGGUUGAGCUCCCCAUUACGGGCCAUGGACAGAUGUUCCAAGAGAGGAAGAAUCAAGAGAUUAUCUUCUGGUUUUGAUUUGUUGGCCUCACCUUUCUCAGACAUGAAAGUGUCAGACCAGUUGAAGCAAGUGUUCAAGGCUAUCGAUGUGGACGGAGACGGAAAGAUAUCUUCAGCAGAGCUGAAGGAAGUGCUAUUGUCCCUCAGUUACAAGAAAUCAAUGAGAGUAGCAGCCAGGGAAGCUGAAGUGAUGGUGAGAGUAUUGGAUUGUAAUGGAGAUGGGGUUAUUGACUUGGAUGAAUUCAUUGAUGCAGUAUAUAACAUGAAUGAUCUGAAAUCUGGUGAUGAAGAACAUCAUCUUAUGGAUGCUUUCAGCAUCUUUGAUACAAAUAAGGAUGGCCUGAUCUCUGCUAUGGAGUUACAGAGGGUUCUCCACAACCUUGGAUUUGAGAAUUGUAGCCUUAAAGAGUGUAGGCGUAUGAUUCAAGGUGUUGAUAAGGAUGGUGAUGGGUUUGUGGAUUUCAAGGAAUUUAAGUUCAUGAUGACUGUAAGUGCUUUUGAAGGUUAGCAAAUUUCAUUCACCUAGUCACCUCCAUGUACCUACAUAGUGUUCCAAAUGCAGGUUUGUAUAAGAAAUCUAUGUUUCUCACUUGAUGAUUUUCUCUUGUUUUUCUUCUUCUUCUUCUUCUUGUCACCAAACUUUUACUUAUGUUCCAAUGCAUGUUGAAAUUUUCAGCCUAAACACACCAAUAAUAUUGUUCCCUUUGGGUUUCGGUUCA